UGUGCCUUCCGUAGAGAUGAUGAUCUAAUCUUGCCUAAGAAAACGAAAAGGUAAAGCUGCUUAUAAAUCCCUAAAAUAUCUCCACAUGAUCUUUUUCAUGUAGCAAAAAAAAACCGUUUCAGAAGUCUUUUUCUCUUCUUAUUCCCCCUAUCUAGAGCUCUCUCUCCUUCAAUACAAAAAAUCAGGGGAUGGAGAAACCAAUAACAAGCACAAGGUAAGCUACAAACACAGAAGUGAUCACCCCUCAGAUGAUGAAAACGUUUCAGUAUUGGAGAGACCAAUACAUUAAAAAAGCUUUUAAGUGAAAGCAAUUAUAGAGCCAACAAAAGGAAAAGCUUACCAAUCUGCAAAUCCCACGCUUUGGGUUUUUAAGAUAAGAAGAUUCCUCCUCUUGUCGUCUCCAAGCUUUUAAAGCCAUGGCCGGUGGAGCUCUUACCGACGAAGGAGCCCUAAAGAGAGCUCAUCUUUAUGAGCAUCGAAUCACUUCUUAUUUCAUAUUCGCUUGCAUUGUCGGAUCCAUGGGAGGCUCUCUCUUCGGCUAUGAUCUUGGAGUCUCUGGUGGUGUUACAUCAAUGGACGAUUUCUUGAAAGAGUUCUUCCCAGAAAUCUACAAAAGAAAGCAAAUGCAUCUAAACGAAACAGAUUACUGCAAAUACGACAAUCAAAUCCUCACACUCUUCACCUCCUCUCUCUAUUUCGCCGGUUUGAUUUCAACUUUCGGAGCUUCUUAUGUCACCCGAAUCUACGGCAGGAGAGGAAGCAUCCUCGUUGGCUCCGUCAGCUUCUUCCUCGGAGGAGUUAUCAACGCCGCCGCUAAAAACAUUCUCAUGUUAAUCAUCGGUCGAAUCUUCCUUGGCAUAGGCAUUGGAUUCGGAAACCAGGCGGUUCCGCUAUACCUCUCAGAGAUGGCUCCUGCGAAGAUUCGAGGAACAGUGAAUCAGCUUUUCCAGCUAACAACUUGCAUCGGCAUUUUAGUGGCUAAUUUGAUAAACUACAAAACAGAGCAAAUCCAUCCAUGGGGGUGGAGACUCUCUCUCGGUCUCGCCACCGUCCCAGCUAUACUUAUGUUCCUAGGCGGACUCGUUUUGCCUGAGACACCAAACAGUCUUGUUGAACAAGGAAAGCUCGACAAGGCUAAAGCUGUACUGGUCAAAGUUCGUGGCACAAAAAAUAUAGAUGCUGAGUUUCAGGAUCUCGUCGAAGCCAGUGAAGCUGCUAGAGCCGUGAAGAACCCGUUUCGGAAUCUUCUUGCUCGGAGGAACAGACCGCAGCUAGUGAUUGGAGCAAUUGGGCUUCCAGCGUUUCAGCAGCUAACCGGAAUGAAUUCGAUUUUGUUUUAUGCUCCGGUUAUGUUUCAGAGCUUAGGGUUUGGUGGGUCGGCGUCGCUUAUCUCGUCCACCAUUACAAACGCUGCGCUCGUUGUUGCCGCCAUCAUGUCUAUGUAUUCAGCUGAUAAAUUCGGAAGAAGGUUUCUUCUUCUUGAAGCUAGCGUCGAGAUGUUCUGUUACAUGGUUGUAGUAGGAGUAACACUAGCCUUUAAGUUUGGGGAAGGGAAAGAGCUACCGAAAUCGCUCGGUGUGAUUCUCGUGGUACUUAUCUGUCUGUUUGUAUUGGCAUACGGUCGGUCAUGGGGUCUUAUGGGAUGGUUAGUUCCAAGCGAGAUUUUCCCAUUAGAGACCCGAUCCGCCGGUCAGAGCGUUGUGGUCUGCGUAAAACUUUUCUUCACGGCUCUUAUCGCUCAGUGUUUCCUCGUGUCAUUGUGCCAUCUAAAGUACGGAAUAUUCCUUUUAUUCGCCGGACUUAUAUUCGGGAUGGGGAGUUUCGUUUACUUUCUGUUACCGGAGACGAAGCAGGUUCCGAUUGAAGAGGUUUAUCUUCUGUGGAGACAGCAUUGGCUUUGGAAGAAAUAUGUCCAAGAUAGUGAGUGAUAUAUAGAAAAGAUCAAUCGGUUAGUGGAUAAAAAAAAAUUAGAUAGAAUUUUCUUGGGGAUAUGGUUUUGGAUCUUUCAGCCUUGAAAAUUUGGUGAUACAUCUUGAAUAAUUGUGAUCGAUUUUUUUUAAAUUCGUU